GGUCAGUUGUCGGUCGUCGCUGCCGUCGCUGCCGUCGGUUGUGUCCGUGUGUGGUGUGUGGUGUCAAAAUUUAGAAAUAGUCCGUGAUGCUAGUGCCAGUGUGCCACAAGUGAGAUGCGAGUAUAAACGUGAACCUUCCUGGAGUCUGGAUCACCUGUUCAAGUUAUCCUCUAGCGUGUUAUGCGGCUGACCCUGGCCGGCCGCCACUGUUGACCUGCUGAUCGGUGACCGCUGCUGGCCGGCCCAUGAUCGACUGGGAGGCCCACAAUGGGGAGGCGGACCAAUUAUCAUUUGAAGAUUCGGACAGGUUCGAGGAGGACAGCCUGUGCUCCUGGAUCUCUGAGCAGGAGUCGAUCUGCACCAACUGGCGCGGCUGGAAGCGGCCGGCCGUGAGCCGAGCCCCCGCCGCCGUCUCCUCCUUCUACUCCAGCAAGGACGAAGAUGGCGUGCUGUCGCUGGUGGAGCUGUGCGCCCGUCAGGUGGCCGCCCACAUCCCGUUCGAAGUGGUGGAGCGGGUGUACCCGCCGGUGCCGGAGCAGAUCCAGCUGCGCAUCACCUACUGGAGCUUCCCGGACUCGGAGGAGGACAUCCGACUCUACAGCUGCCUCGCCAACGGGUCCGCCGACGAGUUCGCCAAGGGCGAACACCUUUUCAGGUCGGCGGCGGUGCACGAACCCCUGCAGAUUGGGUUCCACCUGUCGGCUCGCGUCGAGGCCGGCAUGGCUGGCUUCAAAGGCCAGUUCAACGUGGCCGUGACGUUGGACCGGAAGCGGAUCGGCGCGUGCACGUGCACGUGCGACGCCAACGCCGCCUGGUGUUCGCACAUCGUGGCCGUCUGCCUGCAGCGCAUCCACCAGCCGACGUCGGUGCGUCUGCGCGCGCCCGUCAGCGAGUCGCUGAGCCGGCUGACGCGGGACCAGCUGCAGAAGUUCUCGCAGUACCUCAUCUCGGAGCUGUCGCACGACAUGCUGCCCACCGCCCAGCGGCUGCUCGACGACCUGCUUAGCGGCAAGCCAUCGCGCAUGAACCUGGCGUGCGGAGCGCCCGACCCAACUGCGGGCGCCUCGGUGUGUGACCAGACGUCGUGGUGUCUGGACCAGCGCACACUGCAGGAGAACAUCCGCAAGAUCCUCAUCAAGUUCUGCCUGCCCAGCCCCACCGUGUUCAGUGACGUCAACUGCCUGUCGACGUCGGCGCCGCCGGCGGCCACCGAGUGGACGUCGCUGCUGCGGCCGCUGCGAGGCCGCGAGCCCGAGGGCAUGUGGAACCUGCUCAGCAUCGUGCGCGAGAUGAUGCGCCGCCACGACCGCAACGCCGUGCCGCUGCUGGAGAUCAUCACCGAGGAGUGUCUGCAGUGUGACCAGAUCGUCAUCUGGUGGGUGAACACCAAGCUGGCGCUGCACGUGGGCGGCACCGGCCACGUGGCCAAAAACCACACGGCCAGCAACUCUCAGGCGUCGCAGCACGCGUGCGCCAGCCUCUGCGACGAGAUCGUGGUUCAGUGGCGGCUGGCGGCGCUCAGUCCCACACUGUCGCAGACGGAUCGCGACCAAAUCAGGAACCAGUUCCUGGACUGGCACCUGAAGGUGAUGGACAAGUUCAAGAGCAAGAGCCAGAGCAGCAACACGGCCAAGCGACAGAACGACAUCGAUAUCUUCCCGGGCUUCAAGCCGUCGAUCGAGGCCUGCGCCCUCAGCUGGGCCAACUACACGAUGACGUCACAGUCGGCGGUGCAGCCGGAGCGGAUCCGCCACGCCGAGCCGGGCCUGAGCCAGCAGUCGGGGCCCGUGCACAGCUCGGACGCCGUCCUCCAGAUGGUCGACGUCGGCGACGGCCUGGAGGCGGGCAACCGCAGCUCGGUCAGCAGCGAGGGCUUCUGCGAGCCCGAGGACCAGGAGGCGGCCGCGGCCCUGGCCGACGGCGACGCCAGGGAGAGCGGACCCUCCGACAAGGAGCGGGUGCUGAGCGCGCUACGGCCCGUCACCGACCACUGGGAGGUGCUGUUCGCGCGCGCCGAGGGCCUGCACGCGCACGGCUUCACACGUGACGCGUGCCGUAUCGGCGUGACGCUGGCGCAGCAGCUGCUCUCCAGCCCGCCCGACCUCAGCGUCGACCCGGCGCUCAGCCAGGCCAAGGUCAAGAAGCGGCGCGGCGUCAACCCGCUCACGCACCAGGUGACCUGCCUGGCGUCCACCACGCUCUCCCGCUGCGGCUUCCUCUGUACGGUGCUGUCGGAGGAGGCGGAGCACCACCACCUGGCCUUCCAGGUCGGCCUCUACGGGCUGGAGAUGAGCAGGCCGCCGGCCUCCACCAAACCGCUCGAGGUGAAGCUGGCCAACCAGGAGGCAGAGCUGCUGCAGCUGCUGCGCCGCAUCCCGUUGUCGCCGGCCGAGCUGCGCGUGCUGCGCGAGCGGGCCGAGGCGCUGCGCGCCGGCCGGCUGAAGACGCGCGGAGAGGCGCUGGUGCCGCUGACACUGGCCAACCUCAUCUUCGACGCGCUGGUGGCGCCGCAGCCGGUGACGCGCGGCGCCGCGGCCGGCCCCGGCGCCGCCAGCCACCGGCAGCCCGGCGACGAGGAGCUCGGCUUCGAGGCGGCCGUCACCGCGCUCGGCCUCAAGGCCAAUGUCUCGGAGGCCGACCACCCGCUGCUCUGCGAGGGCACGCGCCGACAACGCGGUGACCUGGCCAUUGUGCUGCUGGUGCACUACAAGGACGACCAGGAGCGGCUGGCCAAGAUCAUGGACCGGCUGCUCGACAAGGAGGUGCACCGGAUGUUCAAGGCGCCCACGCUGAGCUCGUACUACAGCACGCGCCCGCCGCCUCCGGAGCCGCGCCCCGGCCGGCCCGAGGACGGCCUCGAGCGUACCUCGCGGCCGCCGCCGCCGCUGCCGCGCGCCGCCCCCUCCGGCGGCGCUCGCCCCAGAGAGCCGCGAGGGCCGAUGGCUGACCGCGAGCGGACCACAGACACGAGCAGCCCGCCCUGGGAGGAGGGCUACAAGCUCUGGGAGGCCAAAUUCCGCUGCACCAACCUCAAGACGCACCGCAAACACCACAGCCAGGGCAUGGCCAGCAUCGACAGCAGCGCGCCAGAGACGACCUCCUCCGACAACUCGCCCACCCUGGUGCGCCGCUCCUGGGUGAAGCCCAGCGGGCCCGGCAGCGACUCCGGCUCGUCCGGCAAGUCAUCCGACAGCGUCGGCAGCAGCAGCAGCGCCGGCGACAGGGAGGCCGCCGCCUCAGCGCACCCGGUGCGGCCUCCGGACACGUCGCCGGCGGCGGCGCUGCGGCCGUACCCGUCGCUGACGCCCGAGAGCCUCAUCAGCCGGCACAGCCUCAACAGCAAGGCGGCGCGGUUCAAGGGCAAGCGGGUGUACCCGUCGGUGCCGAACCAGCCGUCGGAGGCGGGCGCCCACUUCAUGUUCGAGCUGGCCAAGAGCGUGCUGUCGAAGGCGGGCGGCAACAGCAGCACGUCACUCUUCACGCAGCCAUCGGACGCCGGCGCCCAUCGCGGCCCGCACCGGGCCCUGCACAUGUGCGCCUUCCAGAUCAGCCUGUACGCGCUGGGGCUGCACAACUGCGUGACGCCCAACUGGCUGAGCCGCACCUACUCCAGCAACGUCAGCUGGAUCACCGGUCAGGCCAUGGAGCUGGGCGCGGUGGCCAUCAGCUGUCUGGUGGACACGUGGGAGGGCCACCUGACACCGCCCGAGGCGGCGCACAUCGCCGACUGCGCCAGUCGGAGUCGCGACGGCCACGUGGUGCGCGCCGCCUCCGGCCUGACGCUCAGCAUCCUGCCGCACGCGCACGCGCUCAACCAGAAUGAGAUCCAGCGCGCCCUGCUGCAGUGUAAGGAGCAGUCCAACGAGCUGCUGGAGAAGGCGUGUCUGGCGGUGGAGGGCGCGGCCAAGGGUGGCGGCGUCUACCCGGAGGUGUUGUUCGACAUCGCCACCAAGUGGUACCAGCUGUACGAACGGAGACUGGGACGCUGGACGUGGCCUUUGCAGACGUCGCCAAAGCAGGGCGGCUCCCACGACUCUGCCGAGGACGUGGGGCUGCUGGAGUCGCCGCCGCCGCCGCCGCCCCACGGCGUCAUGGAGCCCCCUGCACAGGUGCACCUGAGCGUGACCCCGGGCGCGCCGUACCCGGUGACGUACAGUUGUCUGGCGGCGGGCGCUGCGGCCGCGCAGGUACGGGCCCUGAUGCCAGCCGCCAUCCGGGCCAAUGUGGGCGUCAACCAGCUGUCGGUGCAGAUGUUCGUGCCGUACGGGCCGCAGCCGCAGCAGUACCCGACCGUGCAGCUCUACCCCACCGUCAGCAUGCAGAGCGUGGUGGCAGCCGGCCUGCCGCGGACACAGCCCUCCGGUCUGCCCGGCGGCGGUCCGGCUGUGCCCAUGUUCUCCCUGCCGCCGCAGUCUCACCCGCACAUGGUGAUGCUGGCGCCGCCGCCGCCGCCGCACUCUCAGGCGCCACCCAUCAUGGUGCCGGUGACGCUGGCGGCGGCCGGGCUGCAGCACCGGCCGCCGCCGCCACCGCCGCCCGCCCAGCACCCGCUACCGCCGCAGCACCCGCUGGCUCAGCCGGUGCCGCGGAUCCUGGGCUCGCCACCGCUCAAGUACCUCUUCUCCACGUACCGUGUGGGCAUGCUGGCGCUGGAGACGUUGGCGCGGCGCGUGCACGAUGACCGCGCCACUAAGUACUCGCGCACGCCGCCGUACGGUGACGACGUCAAGUGGCUGCUGCAGGUGGCCAUGAAGCUGGGGACGCCGUACGUGCACCAGUUCUGCCUGUGCACCGUUAACUCCGUGGUGUCGCCGUUCGUGCUGUACGACAUCGCCGGCGAGGUGGGCUCCUACCUGAGCCGAAACAACACGGCGCCUCCGUACCGGUCACAGAUCCUGACGCCGCUGGUGCAGCAGUGCCAGCAGAUGUUUCUGUCGUGCAUGCACGUGCGCCUCUGCCACGUGACGCCGCCCGAGUACGACGAGUUCGUGUCGAUCGUGUGCACGGCGCGGCAGGCGUUUAGCAUGACCGCCGGCGGGCCAGCUCAGCUGCAGGGCUUCUUGCAAGACAACAGGAAAAACAAGCUGGUCAAGAAAGAACUCUGGUUACGGAUCUCCAUGGCCCUGCAGCAGCCCCCUGCGUGACACCCGUCCCAUCUAGAUGCCACUUUCAGAAGUUGUAGUUGUUCGUUUUUCUACUGGAUGCCGCUAGUGUGGUCGUCGCCCGUCGGCGCCCCGCCUCCCCGAGAAAAAGCCAUCCCAUCUUCAUCACCUGUAUAAAGCCAUCUGGCGUCGAGCGCCAUGCUGUUCCGGCGUCCACUCGGCCUCACCGAUCCAUAAGCGUAGCAUAGCGGAGCCGACGGUGGCGCCACAGGUCCGUGUCGGUCUGAUCUCGAUACCCUGAGGGAGGCGCCGUCCCGCGAUGGGCGUGGCCAGCGCUGGCGCUGUUCCCGACCGAAGAGCAAAACAGGACGUGCACGGCGAGUCUGAACAGACAAGGCGCAGAUGCAGUGGCGCGUCGUGGAAUUUCAAGUUUGAUCUUGGUCCACCGGAUGGCUGCACUGGCGCGCCGGAUGGCGCCCGACGUGGGGCCACGGCAUGCAGAGUGGAAGAGUUUGACGCAGUGCUGUGGAGUGCCGCUGCGUGACGUAGCAUGUCUCUCUUGCUUCAGUCUCCAGUGUGGGUAGGGUUUGGGUUGCUGCAGGUGUACGAUGUCACACCUGUCAUGCGACAGGGAGUGACACGAGCGUGCGCGUCUCUCAAUCAGCCGCGUGUCUGCCGGCGCCGGGCUGUCGGCUGGCACUGCGUUUAACUGGUAGUGAAGAGUAGAAGGACGCGCGCUUGGUGUGAGCAUGUCUGUCCGUUUUAUAUUUUAAAUAAUAUCCUAGCCGUAGCAUUUGAAUUUGUGGUUAUUAGCUGUAGCGCUUAGAGUUGCCGCUCCUGCCGCCAGCGGCUGGCGGCGCCGCGCAGCGGCCGCCGCCGUCGCCGCCGAGCGGCAGGAGGCGCGCCGUGUUCGUAGCCGGCAGUGUGCCGGCCGCUUCCGUGGCCGCAUGUAGAGCGGUGGCCAGCCCUGUGUUCGCCUGCGUGUGUGUGUGUCUGCUCGACGCCGCCCCGUUCCGCGCAGCUUGGUCAGUGUUGGCAGCCGCCGGCGAUGGACCCCGUCUCCCCUCCGUCUUCCCGUCUGUUCCUCGGUUUCCGACCCCGUCGCGCUGCCCUGGCUCCUCCACCUCUUUGCUCUGUGUCACCGUUUCCUUGGUUGCUGUCGUGCAUCGGACGUGCUGCGUCGCCCAGCUGCCCGGCGUCUGUGCGCGGUGUGUGUCACGCCUGUGCGCCGACGCGUUCUGUACUGUUUUCUCCGCGGCCGGACGUCCCGGCUCACCGUCCCGACAGCAUCUCCAGCCCCGCCGACCUCGCCUUUCGACUGGAGCGAGAAAGCAGGCGACCGGAGCUAACCGCAACAGACCGGGACUGGCCGGGACUGGACCUGACGGGACCAGACCGUUCUGGUUCUGACCGGACUGGGCCCGAUCUGACUUGACCUGACGUUCUAGAACUGGACGUAUCACCCAUCACUGGUCCUCUGAUGGUGCUCUCCGGACCUUUGUCCAGAGCCUUUUAAAGGCGACGAAUUAUCAGAGUAUAUUUAGUUGUACAUUUUAAUUUAACGAAUCGAAUGCGAUUCAAUCGCGAUUUUUUGUUUUUGUUCAGUUGUGUUGCCAAUGUGAACGGUUUUGGCUACUUGAUGCCUCAUUUUUUGUUUAAUUCAUGCCUCAGUACCUCGGUGGAAACCGACUGGGUUGUUCAUGAGCUCGGCAUGUCCAUGGAUGGCUUCGAAAAUUGUGCAACGUUUCACGUAGUGACGUAGUUCAAACAUCCAGUGAGGAAGAUUGCGAAUCCACGCACCUCGAAAAGUCGCUUCGUGGUGAAGCCAUCCGUCCGCCCAGUCGGCGAUGGCGAUGGAUUGACAUCGGACUAGAAGGCGCAGCAUUGAAACCAACGCGAUGCGACACUGCGGUGCGUCGGUUUGUAGUCUUGCUCCGUCAACCUGAGCCCAGACGUCCCCCAGAGGCUGGCGCAGGAGGCGUCCGUCGGUUUCCGCCCACGCCGCGCGCUCUGCCGGAGUGACGCGUCGGCGGUCAGUUCGGCUCCAGUGUUCCGAAGUGGCGUGGUUCUCCGCCCGCUCGAGACCCACCCGGUGGUCCUUCUCGCGGUCCGGCCUCGCGGUCCCGCCCGGUCCGUGGUCCGCCGGACCGCCCAUCCGUCUCCGAGACCGCCGGUCUCGGCUCUACCUCAGUGCUCUUACGCCUCACACCUUCGGUCGCAUCUAGUGUGUAACAUCUAGUGAUGUGCUUUAUUAGUGUGUGGCGCGUGAGCGCGGUGGACGCCGCCGGCCCCGCGUGAGCCGCCGGCUGCUGCACGCCCGGCCAGGACA